AUGGCAACAAAACAACUUAUUGGAGAUUUUAAAGAACAGUAUAGAAGAAUACAUGACUAUGCACAUGAACUGUUGAGGUCUAAUCCUGGGUCAACAGUUAAGGUGGAGGUUGACAGUGUUAAUGGUGAGUAUAAGGGAGAGUUGCUUACUGCAAUUGGAAGGGACCCAAAUGACCAAAUGCUUCCCCUUGCAUAUGCCAUUGUUGAAGUGGAGAACAAAGAUACAUGGAGUUGGUUUUUGCAGUUAUUGGUACAAGAUCUUGGAGGAAAUGAAGUGUGUGGUAGGUGCACAUGGAUGUCUGACCAACAGAAGGGGUUGAUGCACGCUAUAGACGAACUUUUGCCUAGGGUAGACCAAAGAUUCUGCAUGAGGUAUUGGUCAAGGUCUCUAUUCACAAAUCAAGCUGUAUGUGAUUCCCUUGACAACAAUAUAUGUGAAGCAUUCAACAGUGUUAUUGUGCUUGCCAGAGGAAAGCCAAUAAUCACAAUGCUAGAGGAAAUAAGGCUUUACCUUAUGAAACAUUGGGCCACCAACAGAACCAAGGUAGCAGCUAUGGAAUUCACUAUCUGCCCAAAGAUAAACACCAUGCUUAUGGAGGAAUCAAAUUUGUUUAGAUAUUGGAUCCCAAGCUGGUCUGGACGUAAGUUGUUUGAGGUUAGACACGUUGCAGUUAUGUCAAACAAGUUCACGGUGGACCUUGAGAGUCAAAAGUGUAGCUGUAGGAAAUGGAAGAUAAGUGGAAUUCCAUGUUGUCAUGCCAUUGUAGCCAUGAACUAUUAUAAUGAAGACCCAAAAAAUUUCAUACCCUCUUGCUUCACAAGAUCCACAUAUGAGGCCACCUAUGCCGCAAUGAUUUAUCCUGUGAAUGGGCAAUUGCUAUGGGAAAAAACAUCAUUUGUUGAUGUCCUGCCACCACUUAUACGAAAGUUGCCUGGUAGGCCAAAGAAAAAAAGAAAGUUGGAGGCUUGA